ACCCCGGGGAAAGGGGUGUGAAGCACCACUAGGUUUCACUUUCUCUCCCCGCCCUUUCUGAUCUUGUGACCCUUGGUUCAGUGUUCUUGCCACACACACCCCAUCCUAGGGUGUUUGCAGUAGGAGACAAAAGCCAGGAAAAGCUUCGACUUUAUUUUCCCUGUGAAAUACGUAACAUCUGGACACCAUCCUGCUUCUCGGAGGAGUUUAUUCCAGGAGGAAUAAAUUCCAGUGAGUGUGAAGAUAUGUCAAGAAAAAGUGAAAUGUCAGAAGAACUUGAAGGCAAAGUAAUGGAUUCUCUAAUAAAUAUGCCAUUUGCUACGAUAGAUAUUAAAGAUGAUUAUGAAAUCACUGAUAUACCACAAGUAAAUUCGAAGAGAAGUAAAGAAAAUGAAUUGAUCAAGAGUGAUCAAAUAAAGAAGAGGAAAAAAAAGAAAGAUUAUCAACCAAACUAUUUCCUAUCCAUUCCAAUCACCAACAAAAAGAUUACCGGAGGAAUUAAAAUCCUGCAAAAUGCAAUAAUACAACAGGAUGAGCGACUGGCCAAAGCAAUGGUUGGCGACGGCUCCUUUCAUAUUACCCUGCUGGUGAUGCAGUUACUAAAUGAAGAUGAAGUCAACAUUGGUAUUGAUGCACUCUUGGAAUUAAAGCCAUCCAUCGAGGAAAUCCUCAAAGGGAAACACUUGGUCUUGCCCUUCCAGGGGAUUGACACCUUCGGAAGUCAGGUUGGCUUUGUGAAGCUGGCAGAAGGAGAGCACAUCAAGCCGCUCCUGGAGAUAGCAGAGGCUGCAAAAAGAACUUUUCAAGAAAAAGGCAUCCUGGCAGGAGAAAACAGAAGUUUCAAGCCUCACUUGACCUUCAUGAAACUGUCAAAAGCACCAGUGCUCCGGAAGAAAGGAGUGAAAAAAAUAGAGCCUGGAUUGUAUGAAAAAUUUAUCAACCACAGAUUUGGAGAAGAAAUGUUCUACCGCAUAGACCUGUGCUCCAUGUUGAAGGAGAAGCGAAGUGAUGGCUACUACCACUGUGAGUCUUCAGUCGUGAUUGGUGAGUUGGAAAGCCCUUCCUCAUCCUCUGCAGUUCUACAGAGAUACAGCAAGGAUAGACGCAGUGGGCCAAGCGGCAAGAAACCAAUUGGAAACCAAGACUUAAUUCAUGAAGCUUUACAUCGAGAAAGGAUGGAGCUGAAGUCCAAAGUUAAACAGAUAAGGGCACUUUUAUUACAGCCUGAGAUUCAGGCCAAAAUUAGGAGGGAGCUUUUUGAAGGAAGACUUGUUAAAAACGGUAACCAAGCAAAUGAUGGUGGUUUCGAUACAACUUUGACAUGAGCUCUACAUCGCUAUUAGGUAUGGUCACAUAGACUGUGAAGUCUUUUCCUCUUAUUAAGUAAGCUCUUUGGUAAACACCAAAGUGGUCUAAGUUUCUACAAAGUAGCACACCAACGUUUGGCAAGGAACUAAUGAUUUCUUGCCAAAGGCAACAGAUUUUUGCCCUACUAUUAUUAUUUUCUUUUAGUAAUCUUGUGCUUUAGAAUGUUUGUUUUAGUAAUACUGAGUCAUUUUAUAGAAAUAACUUUUUAGUUAGCUGUUGUGAGAUGGACCUUGGGUCCUUACAGAUUAAAAAAGACAGACUGAAAAAAAUCAAACAAACUCAAGAGCAGUAUUUUAGGAGUCUCCUGCCUCCUGUUGACAUGAUUGCUAUUAUAUCAAGAGAAGCAUCGUCCAUAUGUGGCCAGUGUGGUGUUACUUUUGAUGAGAAUUCAAAUGUUUAUUGAGCUUAGUACUUGAGUGAACAUUUAUAAAUGUAAUAAUUGCAAUCACUGGUUAAGAAUGUUUCAUGUAUUAUUUUUCACUGAUCAAAUUAUAGUUGGCCUUUCAUUUCUUACUGAAUAAAUGUUCAAGAUUUUUGUUUUCUAAUUCUUUGAAGUAAAGUCCCAGGUCUUACCAUAUCUCUUGUCAUCUGAACUUGUUUGCACUGAAUUAGUUUUUUAAAGAACAUUCUUAAAGAAGUUUCUUGCCAUAUGAUGUUUAUUUGUAAUAGCCUUUUCUAGAAUUGUUAUAAAACAGCUGCUAUGAAUAGAUCAUGGAGAAGGAAAUGACUAGAGAUCAAAUAUGUAAUCAUUUCAAAUAUGAAAUCCAGUUUAAUCAUGGAUUUUUGGCUAUUUUUUCACUGGAUAAAUUAUAUUACAUUAAUUUAUAAAUGAGUUUAUGCAUUUUCAUGUCUCUUAAUAAACAUCUUGUUUUCCCUGUUGUU